AUGGCCCUCACCAUGACUCCCACUCGCCAGCCCUUGGGCUGUUUGGACUCGCCGCACAUGCGUCCUAUGAUGCGAUCGAAGCUGAACCGUCAGAAUCAACAAAAUGUCCUCUCCCUGAAGGGCCUCAACAGCCCCAAGAACACGAUCUUCAUCGACUCCGAGAACAUUGAACCGAGUUCUACCAAGCGCAAGCGCACAUUCGACGAUGACGAAGAGAACAGCAACCCCAAAGCAUCACGCGUGGCUCUCUCGUCCCGAAUCUCACCACACAUCACAACACCCAAGCCCGCGCAAUCAUCAACCCCCAAAUCAGCACCGAUUAAACCUGCCGGUCGCUCCCCACCACCCAAGUCAAGCAAGUCCGCCAGCCGUCGCUCCAUCACCAAACCCAGAGACCUGAACAAGCGCGGGACCAAGUCGAAGCCUAAGCCUAAGCCCAAGGCUCCCGAGGCAUGGUGCUUCGACAUCCAUGUCGAUACCGAGCAGGAGGAGAUGACCAACUUGAUGCAACACUCAACUACUGUUCUUGAUAUCAGUGACGAUGAGGGGAAGCCCACUGACAGCCGCGGGAAGGAGAAUGUUCCCCCUCACGAAUCGGGCGUCGUUGUCCCCAGUGCUCGCCAGGAAACUACUGCCAGUGCCAAUGCUACUGCCACCCGCAAGUCGCUUGUGGACCGCGCCCCUUUGGGUGACCUCAAUGCUGCUGAUUAUUAUGCCGACGGCUGCAAUGCUUUCUCAAUCACCGUUGUGUAUGAAGAUGAGCCUGAGUUCAAGAAGCCUUGCUCGCCCCUCUCGCAGAGCCAGGAAGCUGUCGCUGCUGCCCCUGACCCAUCUGCUGCCGAGACCGCCACCGAUCCUGCUGCCGAGCCCGCUACUCCCAAGCCUGAUGACGAGGCUGAGAAGCUCAACUGA